AGCUGUGCUUCUGUAGGAGGUGACAGUGGGACACUAUAGGUACUGGCAGAAGCUGGUGAUUACUUGCAGACAAGGAGAGCACAGAAAUCCGUUUGAUUGACAUUAAGGAUUGCAACAUCUAGAAAUCUCUGCAGAGAGGACGUCACAAGGUGAACUAUCAACAUGAGUACCCAGCCACUUGGUAACAUCACUAGAAAGCCCGGAUUACAGAUAUGGUCCAUCGAGAAGAUGCAAAUGGUCCCGCUCCCUGAAAAGGCCUAUGGGAGUUUCUUUGAAGGUGAUUGCUACAUCCUGUUGUAUUGCAAGCAGCUGCCUGGCAGCCUGUCCAGUGAUCUUCACUAUUGGAUAGGGAAGGAGUCCUCGCAAGAUGAGCAGGGGGCAGCUGCGCUAUACACAACUCAGCUUGACGAGACGCUGGGAGGGAGCCCGAUCCAGCACCGAGAAGUACAGGGAUAUGAAUCAGCCAUCUUCAAAAGUUAUUUCAAAAAUGGCAUUAUCUACAAGAAGGGAGGGGUGGGCUCAGGAUUUAAACACGUGGAGACAAACAUGUACAAUAUCCGUCGGCUGCUGCACGUGAAAGGGAAGAAACAUGUAACUGCUACAGAGGUGGAGUUAUCCUGGAAAAGCUUCAAUAAAGGAGAUGUCUUCCUUCUCGAUCUUGGGAAAGUGAUCAUCCAAUGGAACGGGCCUGAAAGCAACAAGUCUGAAAGGAUAAGGGCCUGUACCUUAGCUCAGAGCAUCCGAGACGAUGAGAGAGGGGGGAGAGCGCAGAUCGGCAUCAUAGACAAUGAGCAGGAUUCCUCUGAUCUAAUGCAAAUAAUGAGCGCUGUGCUUGGAACCAGAACUGGAGAGCUGAAAGCAGCGGUUCCCGAUGAAAAGGCAGAUGAACAGCAGAAGGCCAAUGUCAGGCUUUACCAUGUUUUUGAAAAGUCUGGAGAUUUGGUUGUUCAAGAAAUAGCUACAAAACCACUGACCCAGGACCUGCUUCAGCAUGAGGACUGCCACAUUCUAGAUCAAGGAGGGGUGAAGAUCUUUGUCUGGAGAGGGAAAAACUCCAGCCCCACAGAGAAGAAGGCAGCUUUCAGCAGAGCUGUGGGUUUUAUACAAGCUAAAGGAUACCCAGCAACCACAAACGUAGAAGUAAUGAACGAUGGCGCUGAAUCUGCCAUGUUCAAACAACUGUUUCAGAACUGGAAAGAUUUUGAGGAAACGCAAGGGCUUGGGAAAUCAUACAGUGUUGGAAAAAUUGCUAAAGUGGAUAACGUGAAGUUUGACAUCAACCAGCUAUAUGCCAGACCAGAACUCGCUGCAGAGCAGAGAAUGGUAGACGAUGCGUCCGGGAAGGUUGAGGUUUGGCGCAUUGAAAAUCUGGAAUUAAAAGAGGUUGAUUCGAAAACGUAUGGACGUUUCUAUGGAGGAGACUGUUACUUGGUUUUGUAUACCUACAUAAAAUCUGGGAAGCCAAAUUAUCUUCUGUAUAUGUGGCUUGGACGUCAUGCCUCUCAGGAUGAAGUUACCGCAUGCGCCUAUCAUGCGGUGGAGUUGGAUCGGAAGUACCAGGACCAGCCAGUACAAAUCAGAGUCACCAUGGGGAAGGAGCCUAAACAUUUCCAAGCCAUCUUUAAAGGAAAGAUGAUUAUAUAUGAGGGGGGAACAAGUCGAGCUGACAAGAAGGAACCAGAACCACCAAUCAGGCUGUUCCAGGUCCGAGGAACAGAUGAAUUUAACACAAAAGCCGUAGAGGUUCCACCCAGAGCCGCUUCCCUUAACUCAAAUGAUGUCUUUGUUCUCAAGACGGACUCUGUGUGUUACUUGUGGUGCGGAAAGGGUUGCAGUGGGGACGAGCGAGAGAUGGCAAAGACUGUAGCUAACAUAAUCUCCAAGCAAGACAAGCAGACUGUCCUGGAGGGUCAGGAACCAGCAGAGUUCUGGGUUGCACUGGGAGGGAAAUCUCCUUAUGCCAGUGACAAAAGAUUCCAAGAGGCAGUGGUACAAUACAAGCCUCGUUUAUUUGAAUGUUCCAAUCAGACGGGCCGGUUUAUCAUGACUGAAAUUGUGGAUUUUACCCAAAGUGACCUUGAUGAGGAUGACGUAAUGUUACUGGACACUUGGGAAGAGAUUUUCCUUUGGGUUGGAAAAAUGGCCAAUGAAUUUGAAAAGAAUGAAGCAGUAAACUCUUCAAAGGAAUACUUGAUGGCCCAUCCAGCCAAGAGGGACUUAGCCACACCCAUUAUAACAGUGAAACAGGGGUAUGAGCCCCCAACCUUCACAGGCUGGUUUGAGGCUUGGGACUCACACAAGUGGAGCUCUAACGUGUCCUACGAAGAUAUGAAGAAGAAUUUGGGUGAUGUAUCUGCUAUUUCACAGAUAAGUGUGGAUUUGCAAAAUACCAACUUGGACAAAAAGACUACAAACAAGCUUAAUAAACCGGUGAAGACAGAAGUUAUUAACAAUGUGCCAACAUACCAGUCUCAUAGCAACGGAAAACAGCAAUACAGCAAUGCGAACCAGUCAAACAGCAAUGGCAUCCAAAACGCAAUCCAAGGCAUACAAAACGCAGCAUCUGUGCCAGAAAAUAAUGGAAAUGAAUUUUAUGAUAAAGUUCUGAUACUCAACAAAACUUCAGAUGAGCUACCUGAAGGAGUAGACCCCUCCAGAAAGGAGAUGUACCUGUCUGAUGCGGACUUUGUCAGCAUUUUGGGGGUGCCCAAAACCCAAUUCUACCAAAUGCCCAAGUGGAAACAACAAAGCAUGAAGAAGGAAAAGGGUCUUUUUUAGAUGAUCUCAAGGCCCCAAGUCUUUUCUGGUUAUAUAUAUAUGGAGACUUUUACCUCUAAGAAAUGUUUAACAAGAACAUAUUGAUAAGGAAUUUUCUUGAUAAAGAAACAUUUGAGCUGUGUAACUUCUGGAUCUUGGACCAUAAUGCACUUUACUAAAUUGCAAAUUUUAAGACAAUUUAAAAAGUCAAACAAAUACAUUUGUGUUUCUGUUAAAGGUUGUGGCUUUCAUAGGUCUAAUUGCAGUUUGAAUAAAUUUGUCAUACUUUAUAGAUCAAAAUAUUGUUAUAUAUACUGUUUUUGCUGAUGACAUAUUAAGAGAUCUUACAGCCUCUGAUAUCACCUACCUUCUAACUCAACAUAUCCUAUAAAACAGUUAUAUUGAUGAAACUUUAAAUGCAAUGCCGCAUCCUCUGUUAUUGCAUACUUCCUAGAUCAAUAUAUUCUUUUACAUUCAGUUAUAUUGAUGACAUUUUAAAUGUAAUGCUAUAGGCUCUGGAAAACAUUACCAGACUAACCUUAAAUAUGUUACCUACAAUAAUUACCAUAGGAAAUACCCCCAUUACUUACAUUAUGUGUUAUGCAUACAGUUUUUAUUGAUGACAUGUUAAAAGUAAUCUUAUAGCCUCUGAUACAACAUACCUCCUAGGUCAACAUAUCCUUUUAAAUAGUUAUAUUGAUGACAUUUAAUGUAAUGCCACAGCCUCUCAUAUCACAUACCUCCUAGAUUAAUGUAUCCUUUUACAUACAGUUGUAUUGAUGACAUCCUAAAUGUAAUACCGCAGCCUCUGAAAAACGUUACUAGAGCUAAUAUAAGAUAUGUUACAUACAAUAAUUACCAAGGAAAUAUCCUCCAUUUAUUUGUUUGAGAAUGUUUGUGUAACUAAAUAUUUUUUGCCAACAUUAAACAAAAAACAGGAGAUAUUAGCCAAAGAUGUUGCCAACCAUAAUUCAUUAUAUCUAUCUAGUCUGCAGACACCUUCCCAAUCUGAUUUAUCCACGAAUAAAUUCCACAUAAUAGGCAAGAUUACAUAUGCGGCGUUGCCCGCAAAAGCCGGCGACGCUGGUUUUUACGCAGUUUUGGUAUCACAUAUACGGGGCCGCAUAUAAAUGCGGCUUGUAUAUUUCACCCGUUGCCUGCCAUUUUUACUCCCAUAAGCUAACAUAGAAUCGCGUCACAAAUCGGUAUCACAUAUUCCGUGCAAGGACUUACGCGGCAAAAAUUGAGACAUUUUACUCCAUUUUCACCUCACCACCAGUGUUCCCUCUAAGGACAGUUUUGUGUGCAGCCCAGCAGUGAAACGGUUAACAAGAGAACCCUACCUUGCCAUCUGCAUUGUGCAGUGUUUGCUAAUUGUAGGGUGUGGUUACCUAAUUAACUGUUUUACUGCUGGGCCGCACACAAAACUGGCCUUAGAGGGAACACUGCUCACCACAUAUAGGCAGACGCAGCAAGACUUGCGCUGAGUAUGUUAGCACUGUAACCACCUGAAAAUAGUAACUAACGCAUGCGCAAUAUCUAUCUACUUGUCAACCGCAAUCCCCCACCGCAAUAACAAAUAAAGUAUAUUAACCCCUAAUCCGCCAUUAACCCACAUCACAAUAAACGUAAUAAAUGUAUUAACCCCUAAUCUGCCAUUAACCCACAUUGCAAAGUACCUAUUAAAACUAUUAACCCCUAAUCCGUCAUUAACCCACAUCGCAACAAACUUUAUAAAUCGAUUAACCCCUAAUCCUCCAAACCCAUACAACGCAAUAAUCAUAAUAAAUCUAUUAACCCCUAAUCCGCCAAACCCCCACAAUGCAAAGAACUAAUUAAAUUACUAAGCCCCUAACCUAACACCCCCUAAAUUAACCCCAAUUACCUAAAUUAAAAAAUACUAAGUUACAAUUAAAAUAAAAAAACUAACAUUACUUAAAAUAAAAAAAUUAUCUAAGAUUACAAAGAAUAAAAAAGUCUAACAUAGCAUAAAAUAAUAAACCAAAUUAUCAAAAAUAAAAAAUUAAACCUAAUAAACCUAUAAUAAAAAAGCCCCCCCAAAAUAAAAACACCCCCUAAUCUAAUACUAAACUACCAAUAGCCCUUAAAAGGGCCUUUUGUAGGGCAUUGCCCUAAAUUAAACAGCUCUUUUACCUUAAAAAAAUACUAAGUCCCCCCUCUAACAGUAAAACCCACCACCCAACAAACCCCCCAAAAUAAAAAAAAUAACUAACACUAAAAAACUCUAAACUACCCAUUGCCCCUAAAGGGGCAUUCGUAUGGGCAUUGCCCUUAAAAGGGCAUUCAGCUCUUUUAAGAGUGCCCAAUAAAUCCCUAAUCUAAACCCUCCCUCAAAAAAAUCCUAACUCUAACCCCCAAAUAGGUAGAAGGUCCUGUUCCAGGUGGUGAAGUCUUAUUCCAAGCGGGGACCUUUUCCUUCUUCAUACAGGACCAAGCCGGCAUGGAGCAGAACCGGCGACCGCGGAUCCAUGGAGGAUCCUUUUCGUACAAUCACCGCGUACACUGAAUAGUGAAUUCAAGGUACGCGUUUAAAUAUGACGUCCCUUGCAUUCCUAUUGGCUGAUUUGAUUCUUCAAAUUCAAAUCAUCCAAUAGGAUGAAAGCUACUGAAAUCCUAUUGGCUGAUUUGAACUAGUUUAUCCGACUUAAGGGACUUUAUGAACUGCCGGCGCAGUAUAUGUGAUACCCCGAUGUGCGAGGUGAAAUAACGGGCGGCGUGGGUUUCAUAAGUUACGCUGAAGCUUGCACCGCAUAUGUAAUCUCACCUAAUGUAUUCAGAUGGUUAUUUGUAACCCAUAAAUGCACGUUAUGCCAAAUUUGUGUUUUAUUUUUACUUUUUUUUUAAUGAUAUGAAUGAUAUAUUUAACUAAUUGUUAAUCCUUUAUGCCUGUUCUGUCUGAUGCCUAUUGCUGGAUGUUCUAAACACAGUUUGUGCAGCAUGGAAAAUGUAUAAUUACAGAAAUAUGUUAUAUGUA